AUGACCUCGUCACCCGCUGCACGUCCACUCAAGGUCCUUGUCGCACUGACCGAUCCCGUCGCCUCGAAAUUCGGCCUCACCGUCCUUGCGCGUCUGCAGCGACUCGAAAAUGUCUCCCUGCGCAUUGUAGCACGCACGCCGUUUCCCACCUCGCCCUUCGCCGCCGUGUCGCCCGCCCUCGAGCCUGUCUGGCACACGUACAAUGCCGACAAGCAGCCCCCCGGGUGGCAGCACCAUGACUUUGUCGAAACGCAGGUGGCUGAAUUCUGCGUGUGGGCAGACCUGCUUGUUCUCGCGCCGCUCGACGCUGAAGACAUAGCGCAAAUGCUGCAUGGCCAUACAAACAACCUCCAUCUGAAAAUCCUGCGUAGCUGGGAUGUCUUGAAGAAGAUCUUCCUGAUACCCGGCAUGUCAACGCUGCAGUGGGAGCAUCCCAUGUCGAAGAAGCAGAUGAGCAAAAUUAAGAAAAAGAUGAACUGGAUCCGUGUCUUGCCCCCGCUGCUGUGGAACUUCGAUCAGGCUGGAAGGAAGGUUGUGCCAUGGGGAGGAUACAAGGAGCUCAGCGAGUCUGUGCAAACGCAGAUCGACCUGAUGGCAGUCGGGGAACGGAGUGUCGCGCUAUCAAUCGCCCAUCUACCGGCCCUGAAGCUGCUAAAGAACAAAGGGCCCCGGCUUCCGCCCGAGCUCUGGUCUAUCAUAUUGGAGUUUACCGAGGACUGGGAGCUGGCCACCACGCUCAACGUGCACACGAAUCUCCCGGUGCCUCGCGACUGGCAGCAGGCUGCUAGCGAGGCCGGGCCAAAGACACAGAUGCAAAAGCUGGGCUGGACGCUGCUCACAUGCAGCUACACUGACAUCGCAAAGACCUUCGACACAGAGAGACCGACUCGUAUCACCCGGCCAUGUCUGGAUCUGAUCAUGCGAUUUGCAAUGGUCCCCGUUCUUAAGCACCUCGAGUACUAUCACAAAGAUCUCUUCUGGCAGCACUUUGGGCACACCUUCCUGCCCCACAAGGCGUCACUGUUCAGCAAGACGGAAAUUCUCGAUUACUGGCGCACUUCUCCGACCUUCCUGACAAAAGAGUACUCGUCCGAAGCCAUGGACGCCGCGUCUCGCAACAACUCGACCAACGCCCUCGAUUGGUGGUACAACUCUGGCCUACCUCUGAAAUACACCGAAGCGGCGCUUGAACAGGCUUCGUCACAGUGCCACAUACCCGUCUUGCAGUGGUGGAAGGAGCACUCGCGGCACCGCACACCGCCAACCCCUGGCGAAGAGGCACCGCCUGCUAAGCUCCGUGAUCCGCUCAAGCUGAAAGUCGGAAAGUCGAUAACAUAUGCCACACAAUCGAACAAGCUGGACGCGAUCAAGUGGUGGGUCGCCAGUGGCGUGCCCUUCUCGCACGAAGACACCGUCACCAAGAUAGCCUCGACACACGGCCACACCAAGAUUCUAGACUACUGGCGAUCGAUGCGCGGCGAGAAGAUGCUCUUCGACAAUCAGGUGCUGGUUGGCCCGACAAAGAUGGGCAAGGCGCACGUGCUUGAGUGGUGGAAGAAGAGCGGACUGAAGGUCGAGUACAAGACUUGUGACAUUGAAGAAGCGCUGGAAGACGGCGUUGAGGGAGACGCUGGCGAGAGCGUCCGCAGGUGGUGGGCCGAGAACGGGCUGAAUCUUGGUGUCGGGACCAGCGAGUGGAUGAGGGUCAAGACUCUAGGUUCCUAA